GUUUCGUGUUUGGUCAUCGGUGUUCCGUGUUUCUCCCAAACUUUUAUUACACGAACACAACAAAACAACACAAGUGAGAGAACCCUAGAUUCUUCUUCUAUUCCCUUCUUCCUUCAAGUCCUUUUUAUUUCUCUACCAACCUCGAAAACGAAUCAAGAGAUUAGCAUCUUAUCGAGAUUUAAACCAUCAAUUAAUCGGCUGCCAUGGCUGGGAGACUACUUGCAAAUUUGAUUGUGAUGGGUUCUGGGAUCAUUGGUCGUGCUGUCUUUCAAGCCUAUCGUCAAGCACUUGCUAAUGCGUCUAAAUCUGGUGUUGCGCAGGAAGCAAUGCAAAAUGGAGUACGUCAAGCAGGGAAAGCCAUCACUGAGCAAGAGGCUAGGCAGAUUCUUGGUGUAACCGAGAAGACCUCUUGGGAAGAGAUAUUACAGAAAUAUGACAAACUGUUUGAGAAUAAUGCGAAAGCAGGGAGCUUUUACCUUCAAUCUAAAGUUCAUCGAGCCAAAGAAUGUCUAGAAGUUGUGUACAGAAGCCAAGGCAACGGUACACCUAGUUAAGACCUUACUCUUUUUGUUUUCCAGACUCAAAAUUCUUGCUCUUAAUGUAAAAUCAAGACGAGUUCAUGGUUUCUUUGAGAUGAUGUGGAACUUACAAAACGGCCAUAGUUUUCUUCACACAUUAAAUUAGUAAUAACUAAGACAGGUUUGCUCUGAUCAGUUGAUCAGUGUCAAAGAACCUCUGAAAACUAGAAAGGAUUGUUCUGUUUGUGUAUGUUUUAUCCUUCUCUCCUGAGAGAAGACUCUUUUAAAGCUAUCCUUCCUGUUUUUGAUUCAGAUUCCAAACUGAUCAUCUACACUCUGUAAUGUAUAAUGUAUAAUAAAAAACUUCGUUAUUUGAGUGGUUUUUGUGUAAUAGGUAAAAUCUAGAUCUCUAAGUGUGACUUGAUCAUGUUUUGGGUAGCCCGAGUCUCAUUUCGUAAGGGUGGAUCUAUACAAAAUAAAAUUCUAUGCACAAUCACAGAUAAAUAACGACCCAAUUUUGGCAAUCCGAAUUGAAGAAGCUACGAUGAAAACAUGAAAGGAGAUGAGUAGGCCUGUUGAAGUAGAAGCGAAGUGGUUCGUCUUGAGAGAGUUUUAUAGACGUUGAGUGAAAUGUGACGAUCCUGAUUUGGUUCACUUCUUAAUCUCCUCAUACAACUUUUCUUUAUUCCAACAGAUAUCAAAGACUGCUUUAGUUGUAUGAAUUCGAGAUAAGGCAUGAAAAUAAUCAAAGAGUUUAGAUGAG